UUCAUCAACAUCAGGUGUGUUUUGCUGAUGUCAAAUUUGAUGUAAUAGACUAAAUUCAAAAAAUUGAUAUAUCUCAAAAUUAUGGGUAAAGUUCUCGCGAUUGCAUCAGCAUGCGCCCUCAAUGUCUGUGGAACUUACGUUUUUCGAACUCCCGUUAACUUAGAGUGUAUCCCAUAUCCGUCCUAUUUACUGUUCCUGGUGGCAGUCUUCUAUUUACUUUGGAACAUCCCGUUAAAUCCCUAUCCGUCUUGCUUUCGUGGGCUUAUAAAACCAUUUAGCUUGGUUAUAGAGUUUAUGGUUUCGGUCUUAUUGGUUGAAGUACUUAUGGCUGAUUUUUGGUGUCCAUUGCAUAUGAAGUUUGUAGCUUUUAUACCCACAAUACCAGAUCAUGUAAGGGACCUUAUGAUGUCAAUUGAUGUAGAUUCGUACUAUGUCACUAAUGGUUUGGAUGUUCUAAAGUCAGAAUCGGCUUUAGUCGCAAGCAGCUAUGCACUAAGUGUAUUUUUGUUAUUAUGCAUGUUACAUUCAUGUAGAGCUCUAGACUUUAGACUACUCAAGAGCGGCGUAGGCGCGUUUGCAGCAGACGUUAACAAAAGAACAAUGAGAUUUUUAAAAAGUAUAGUGCCUUUUCUACCUCCCUCUAAUGAAGCGCGCGGAUUUGGUAGAUCGUGGAAAAGAGAUUCCGAUUCUGAUUUUUCCGAUAUAAUGUAAUGUGUUGUAAUCCGUGAAAACUAAUUUUGGCUCUAAAAUUCACAAAUGUACAUAAA